UAUCAGCCGCUACCACCGGGUAUAUUCGGAGUUUGGGUUAUCUGUGUUAGAUAAUUAAUAGUAGACAAGGACUUUCACCAUGCAAAUUUUUGUCAAAACCUUAACAGGUAUGUUGCCAUGAGGGGGCGUUGUCCGUGUCGGUUGGGCUGUGGCCGGUAAAGAUGCCAGUGAUGUCGUGGACGUGACGAAAGCGGACGUACUUCUAACUCGUGUUGUCGCUUUGUAUCGUGUGUAAUCGCAACGAAUUCAAUGAGUAGGUAAGACCAUCACUCUUGAUGUCGAGCCAUCGGACACUAUUGACAACGUCAAGACCAAGAUCCAGGACAAGGAAGGAAUCCCUCCUGAUCAACAACGUCUUAUCUUUGCCGGAAAGCAAUUGGAAGAUGGACGCACCUUGAGCGAUUACAACAUCCAAAAGGAAUCCACCCUUCACUUGGUUCUUCGUCUCCGAGGAGGAGGUAAGAAGCGCAAAAAGAAGGUCUWCACCAGACCCAAGAAGACCAAGCACGUCCACAAGGCCGUCCCUAUGCAAAGUUUGAAAUACUACCGAGUUGAGGCCGAUGGCAAGGUCACCCGCCUUCGAAAAUACUCCCCUGUGGCAGGAAUUGGCUGCUUCAUGGCCCAGCACCACGACCGUUACUACUGCGGAAAGUCCCACACCACCUUCUUGUAUGAUGAUAUGAAGGAGUAAACUAACACAAUAUAAAUCAUUCCUCUAAGGACCCAAUAUUUUUUAUGAAACAAUUGAAUCGACUGAGACAUUGA